AUGAUGGUGAUGAUGAUGAUGAUAAUGACACUGAUGAUUUUUAACCGGAUUAAAAUCGAGUUUUUCUGAAUGUUCAUAAGAAUUUCUCCGGCCUCCUGAUUGACUUUGGAGUUUUGCAUCUUGGGAGAGAAAGUGAAGGCAUUAGCAUUUUUAAGUGGAUUGAUCACAUAAACCUUUUCUCUCCCAACCAACCCCACCCUUGCCCUCAUCCCCUCCCCCAGGCUCGAAAGAAUUUUACUGGCUGUUAAGUCUGUGACCUUAUUUUUCCUGAUCUUUAACUUAACUGUUUUAGAGCAUCUCUGGACGUCUGUAUUUUUAAUUUUUUAUUUUUGUUUUUUUUAUUUUUAAUCUUUCAUUUGUUAAAUUUUUAAACUGUGCUGCAAUAAAAUGUGUGUGGUACUACUUAACACCUAUGAUGGUGAUGGCAUUUUCCCGGAAAGCCAUUUUCCUCCUGUUACCCUUGAAAUCCCAUCCUGCUUUUCCUGUACACUACUACCCCUCACAAACCACAAGCUGCAGCAACAUGGAUGCCCAGCCUGGAACAGCAGCAGCCAGGAUGACCUGGAGCCAGGGGGGCCUUCGGAACAGAUGCACACCCUUCCCGGGUGAUGUUUUUCAGCUUUGUGAAGAACCUUAACAUCAAAGAAAAUGGCCAGCAAUGUCACCAACAAGACAGAUCCUCGCUCCAUGAACUCCCGUGUAUUCAUUGGGAAUCUCAAUACUCUUGUGGUCAAGAAAUCUGAUGUGGAGGCGAUCUUUUCAAAAUAUGGCAAAAUUGUGGGUUGCUCUGUUCAUAAGGGCUUUGCCUUUGUUCAGUACGUUAAUGAGAGAAAUGCCCGGGCUGCUGUGGCAGGAGAGGAUGGCAGAAUGAUUGCUGGCCAGGUUUUAGAUAUUAAUCUGGCUGCAGAGCCAAAAGUGAACCGAGGAAAAGCAGGUGUGAAACGAUCUGCAGCGGAGAUGUACGGGUCAGUACCAGAACACCCUUCUCCGUCCCCUCUACUCAGCUCCUCUUUUGACUUGGACUAUGACUUUCAACGAGAUUAUUAUGACAGGAUGUAUAGUUACCCAGCACGUGUUCCUCCUCCUCCUCCUAUUGCUCGGGCUGUAGUUCCUUCAAAACGCCAGCGUGUAUCAGGAAACACCUCACGAAGAGGCAAAAGUGGCUUCAAUUCUAAGAGUGGACAGCGAGGAUCUUCUUCCAAGUCUGGAAAGUUGAAAGGUGAUGACCUUCAGACCAUUAAGAAGGAGUUGACCCAGAUAAAACAAAAAGUGGAUUCUCUACUGGAAAGCCUGGAAAAAAUUGAGAAAGAACAGAGCAAACAAGGAGUAGAGAUGAAGAAUGAUAAGUCAGAAGAGGAGCAGAGCAGCAGCUCCCUGAAGAAAGAUGAGACUAAUGUGAAGAUGGAGUCUGAGGGGGGUGCAGAUGACUCUGCUGAGGAGGGGGACCUACUGGAUGAUGAUGAUAAUGAAGAUCGGGGGGAUGACCAGCUGGAGUUGAUCAAGGAUGAUGAAAAAGAGGCUGAGGAAGGAGAGGAUGACAGAGACAGCGCCAAUGGCGAGGAUGACUCUUAAGCACAUAGUGGGGUUUAGGAAUCUUGUCCCAUUAUUUCUUUACCUAGGCGCUUGUCUAAGAUCAAAAUUUUCACCAGAUCCUCUCCCCUAGUAUCUUCUUCAGCACAUGCUCACUGUUCUCCCCAUCCUUGUCCUUCCCAUGUUCAUUAAUUCAUAUUGCCCUGCGCCUAGUCCCAUUUUCACUUCCUUUGAUGCUCCUAGUAGUUAUGUUAAGUCUUACCCUGUAAUUUUUGCUUUUAAUUUUGAUACCUCUUUAUGACUUAACAAUAAAAAGGAUGUGUGGUUUUUAUCAACUGUCUCCAAAAUAAUCUCUUGGUAUGCAGGGAGUACAGUUCUUUCUAUUCAUACAUGAGCUCAGUAGUUGCUUCCCUAACUGCAAAGGCAAUCGCAUUAGUUGAGUAGCACCUGAGAGCAGCUUUGAGUUAGAGGUAUGUGUGUUAUACCCCACAUAAGAGUGCUAUGUGGGGCUGUUCAACACAAAUGUAACAAUGUAUUUUUGUGAAUGAGAGUUGGCAUGUCAUAUGCAUCCUCUAGAAAAAUAAUUAGUGUAAUAGUCUUAAGAUUUGUUUUCUAAAGUUGAUACUGUGGGUUAUUUUUGUGAACAGCCUGAUGUUUGGGACCCUUUUUUCUCAAAAUAAACAAGUCCUUAUUAAACCAGGAGUUUGGAGAAAAAAAAAAAA